AUGCUCCAGCGAGAAGGCUUCGUCGUCGCCGAUAUGAGUCCAUCGGCACCCUCGCCUGCGCUGUUGCGCCGCGCCAGCUGGAAGGCAGAAGCAAUCCGAAAGGGCAACUUGAAGAUCAGCGGUCCAAUCCCCAUCACCGAGGACAUGCCGCUCAAUGACGAGGAAGAGAAGAGAUUUGCUGAAAACGGCACCUUGAGUGAUCCUCCCCAGCCGCCAGUCGCACCGCUGGAAGAGCAGCGCCAACGGUCGGCGACUCCCCCAAGACCAGCCCAUCCUGCCCCGGCACUUCCCGACCAUCCAAUGCCAUUGCGAUCAAAUCUCGUUGUAGACCAGCCGCAGCAAGAGGAGGAAGCACGCGACCAUGCUCCGUUGAGAUCGCCGCGCAAUCUGCAACCCAUCAGCAUUGUACAGCGCGACAGCAUAGUCCCAUCCACCAUAGCCCCAUCUCCAUCGCCUUUCCGGUCAACGCCCGAAAGUGCGACGGCAGCGGCGGCGGCAGCAGCAAAGGCGACGCAGAGGAAGCGCAAAAGUGGGCUCAGAAGUGCCAUUCGCAAAAUGUUCGGUAAAAAGACGGCCGAACCAGAGCAUCGGCAGCAACAGGAUGAGACCACCCGCCGUGGUCAUAGCUAUCAUAAUAGCCACCUGCCGUACCCAAUGAACGUGAAUGCGCCGCCAGCAAGUCCACCGGACGAGUAUCUCACCUUUGAUGUCAAUCGGCCGGGGCGCCGAAGAGCUACGCUUCCCAAUGUUCCAGGCCUGGCCGCUCAGCGUCACAGUAUGGACGAGUCGCGACCAAAGCUGGCGCCUUGGCAAGAGCGGAUCGAGGACGGCAACAUGUCUCCUUCUCGAAUUGGUAUUGCACUCUCCAGCCCCUCGCACGGCACUCCAAGAGCCAACAAGCGGAGGUCACGCAGUGCAGAUGCUCUUCGCGACAUGGCCAAGGACCUUGCUUCGACCGAAAGGAGACGCAGCGCUGAAAUCAAGUACUGGCGGGAGAGCAACAUGUCUGGCAGUGUUUACAGUCGGCCAGCAACAGCAAAGACGGUGGAGACGUUCCGCAGCGUGCAGAUGCAGGAGCCAAUGAUCCGGGAGCCAGAGGCGGACUCAUACAAGGAAAUGAGCGCCACGCUUGUGCAAGCAGAUGAUCCGCAAACACCCACGUCAGCAGGGCUGGACCGGUCAAAACAAGAGGAAAAGGAAGGAGACGCCUAUGCAGCCGUUUCUGAUUUCAAUUUCGGUGAUUUAAAGAACGGCCGAGAGUCCGGGCCGGUGCCGGCAGAACCACAGCCAGAACAGGCACGACAUGUCGAACCCGUCCCUCAAGCCGGCAGCCAAGAAAUCUCACCGGUAGCACCUCUUCCGGUGCCAAAUCCGAAUCGACUAUCAAUGGAAGAGCGGCUCAUGCAUCUUGAAAACCAGUACUCUAAUCUCGAAACAUUAACUCGCCGCCUUUCAUCCCGAAACAAUAGACAGACUAUUAUACUUGAAAACGCACCCCGGAGCCUUCGCUCGAGAGACCGAAGCACCUCCGUCUCUGCCUCGCGGUCUCACUCACGCUCUGCACCGAGCAUCCACCAAGAGCCGUCUCAUCUUCGUCAUCAGAGCACCAGCAGCGAGUACGUAGAAGAGCCUGUGCAUGCGCCGAGCUCUCCUACUUCAACUCUCCCGGCCGCUAGUAACAAUGAACAAGCCAAGGCGCUGCAGGACAUGCGUGCAGUGUUGGAAGUGGAGCGCAACGCGCGAAUUGCGCUCGAGCGCCGUGUUUACGCACUGCAAAUUGAAGUAUCAAACUUGCAAGCUCUGGUAAACAAGCUCGUCGCUGGCAGCGGGCCGACAUACCCCACGCCCUCACCAGACAUGCUCAUUAUGACUUCUGAAGAUGACCAGCGCGUGAGCUGUUCUACGCCACGCGCCAUGGCACACAAUCAGAACACCUACUACUCCCAGCACCAGCGACCACACGACUGGAGACACGACGCUGAGAGCAUGUACUCUGAGGACUUGGCCCUUGAGUCUUCUGCCACAGGAGAGGCUGCGUCGCCCGAUGAGUGGGCGACGCCCAAGGAAGAAGGAUUCUCUAGCAGUGGGUUCUUCCAUGCUCGUGACGAUGGCAUGAAGGAGUAUUCAUGAGCUGUUGUUUCAUUUCUCUUCUUUUCCCUCUCUUCUCCUUCUUCUCUUUUCACCCGUUUUCCUUUCUUGUUUCUGCGUUUGACAAGCGAUUGCAAAAAUGCGAGAUUGCAGUUUGGAUGGUGAUAAAAAUCAUGUUUUGACUAAGAUACCCCCACCGCAAGCAUUUACACUGGCGGACGCGCACUGCACUGCGCGUGCAUGUUUUUUCUAUGUUAGUUUUUUUUGAUCAGCUUGAUUGCAAGGAGAGUUUUGGUUGAAGGGUUUUGUUGCUGCCUCUUGAUGAUUUUGUUUAGAUGUCUUGUUUUUGGGAAUAUCGUGUGUAUGUAUGUGUGUGUGU